AAACCAUUAACCAAAACGAGUUUUUUCACAGAUAGAGAGACUUGGCAAAUUUUCAAUCCCAUUCAAUUAGUAUACACUCUCUCAACAGUCUACAUUAAUGAGGGUUGCUGCUUCGGAUGGCUAGCAGUAACAGUUUUUUUUCCUCCACUUGUUUUUCCUUCUUAAUGUCAUCUUCUCUAUCUCUCUCUCUAUAAAUUUUCCCAAGAAAACCAUAUCCUUUUCAACUAAACCUUGAUUUGGCUCAAACACCAGUUUUGGAAACACCAUUCAAAUUCUUUAACUUUCUUGGAAAAUUUUAUCAUUUUCCAGAAAAUUAUAACCAUUCCAAUUCCAUUCCACAUUCGUUCACAUUAAUCUCCCAUUACUAUUUCGAGAGAGAAAUUUUUUAUUAAAGGAUAUAUAUAUUCACCUAGCUCAGGUAUGGAUGUAUCCAAUGCGAUGCUGCUAGUAGCGAUUGUUGCAGCUUACUGGCUAUGGUUUAAGCGGAUCUCACGGUGGCUAAAAGGGCCACGUGUCUGGCCGGUAUUGGGAAGUCUCCCGGGCCUGAUCGAGCAGCGUGACCGUAUGCACGACUGGAUCACUGAGAACCUCCGUGCGUGUGGCGGCACGUAUCAGACAUGUAUCUGCGCCGUGCCUUUCUUGGCGAAGAAGCAAGGUCUCGUGACGGUCACGUGCGACCCCAAGAACAUUGAACACAUGCUCAAGACCCGCUUCGAUAACUACCCUAAAGGUCCUACGUGGCAAGCUGUUUUCCAUGACUUCCUCGGCCAAGGCAUCUUUAACUCCGACGGUGACACCUGGCUUUUCCAGCGCAAAACCGCCGCUCUUGAAUUCACCACCAGGACGCUGAGGCAAGCCAUGGGUAGGUGGGUAAACCGGGGAAUUAAGCUCCGGUUCUGUCCGAUUCUUGAAACGGCUCAGACCAAAUGCGAGCCGGUCGAUCUCCAAGACUUGGUACUACGGCUCACAUUCGACAACAUUUGCGGUUUAGCGUUCGGGAAGGACACUCGAACCUGUGCCCCAGGACUUCCCGAGAACGGAUUCGCCUCGGCUUUCGACCGAGCCACCGAAGCUUCUCUCCAGCGGUUUAUCCUGCCAGAGUUCCUGUGGAGGCUCAAGAAAUGGCUUGGGCUCGGCUUAGAGGUCAGCUUGAGCCGGAGCUUGGGCGAGAUCGAUGGAUAUUUGGAUGCUGUCAUUAAUACACGUAAGCAAGAACUGCUGAGUCAGCAAGAGAGUGGGGUCCAGGGACACGACGACCUCCUCUCCCGUUUCAUGAAGAAGAAAGAUCAGUCUUACAGCGAGGCGUUCCUUCGACACGUGGCGCUUAAUUUCAUCCUAGCUGGACGUGACACGUCAUCAGUAGCGCUGAGUUGGUUCUUCUGGCUCGUCACGACGCAUCCAACGGUCGAGGAUAAGAUCGUACGCGAGAUAUGCUCCGUUCUGAUCGAGACACGUGGAACUGACAUCUCGUCGUGGACGGAGGAGCCGUUGGGAUUCGAUGAGGUGGAUCGACUGGUUUACUUGAAGGCGGCGCUCUCCGAGACGCUCAGGCUUUACCCAUCGGUGCCGGAGGACUCGAAGCACGUUGUGAACGAUGAUAUUCUGCCGGACGGAACCUUCGUACCGGCGGGAUCGUCGGUGACUUAUUCGAUCUACGCGGCCGGGAGGAUGAAGACGACGUGGGGAGAGGAUUGCCUGGAAUUUAAGCCGGAGAGGUGGAUCUCACCGGACGACGGGAAAUUCGUGAAUCACGAUCAGUACCGAUUCGUGGCUUUCAACGCCGGACCAAGGAUCUGUCUGGGGAAGGAUCUAGCGUAUCUCCAGAUGAAAACGAUAGCGGCGGCGGUUUUACUCCGGCACAGACUGACGGUGGCGCCGGGGCACAAAGUGGAGCAGAAGAUGUCGCUGACAUUGUUCAUGAAGAACGGACUUCUGGUAAACGUGCACAAGAGGGAUUUGGAAGGGAUCUUGAAGAGCCUCAUAGCGAAGGAGAGAAACGACGUCGUCGCUGCUCUUAACGGUAAAUGCAACGGCGCUGCUCUUAACGGUAAAUGCAACGGCAUUAUUGGCGAUGUCGUCGCCGGCGUUGCGGUGUAGACGUCGCGUCACAGCUUUUCGGGUUUAUAAUAAUGUUUUUAUAAUACAUACAGUUUCGUUUGGGUUUUGUGAUUGUUUGGGUUAAAGUAUAAAAAUUGGUUUGGUUGUGUGAUGUAAAAAAAAUACUCUAAUAGUUUGGUUGUUUUUCUCUAUUGUAAGCUUUACAUUUUGAUAAUUAUCCCCAUCAAAUUGUAAGCUUUAAAAGAGUCCCCAAACAAUAAAUAAAAAUUACAUUCUUUAAC